AUGUCGUCCGAUCUCCCAUCAUCCCACCAUCCAGCAACACCCCCUCAGGCCCUGAUAUUCGAUCUGAUGGGCACAUGUACCGACUGGAAGACCUCCAUCUGCACCGCCCUGUCGCAAUCCACGUCCCUCGGCCCCCGCCUGGCCGGACAACAUGCGCAAUUCGCCGCCGAUUGGCGUGCAGGCUUCUUCGACGAAAUCCAUGCUCGAUUUCGAUCAGGUGGCGACUCUGAAGAUAUUGAUGUGACGCAUCGUCGGGUCGAUGAGGUCCUGGUGGACGAGACGGAGCGGCAGAGACUAGUUGGCAGUUGGCACUCGCAAGUGGCGUGGCCUGAUGCAAGUGAAGCCAUCUCCCGCCUUAAGACAAAAUACAUGGUGUUCGUCUUCUUCGAUCUUCCACCGGAUCCCGCCAUCUAUCGCAAGGCCUUGCAGCUCUUACAACUCUCGCCACAAGACGCUACUAUGGUCGCUGCACAUGCCUAUGACUUGCGGGCUGCUAAGCAAAUAGGUUUGAAAACAAUAUAUAUUCGCCGAGGAACGGAAGAUAUCGAAGAAAACAUGGAUACAGUACGACACGACGUAGACAUCUUCAUGGAGGACCAUUCCAUAGAACAGUCUGAUGGUCGUGGGCCCUUGACUCAGCUCGCAGACUACCUGUUGUGA